CGGAGCCUGCGGGAUGCUUCUGCGUCGAGCGUUGGGGGGCGCGGGCGCGCGCUCGGCUGCUGCGCGUGCGUGCGCGCCGCGUCCAGCGUGGCGCUACAGCACCGCCGCGAAGCAGCAGGAAACGCCAAGAAAGACCACAUUUGGGCCUUUGUCUGACCAAGAUCGGAUCUUCACAAACUUAUACGGCCGUCACGACUGGAGCCUGAAAGGAGCGCUGAGGCGAGGAGACUGGUACAAGACCAAGGAGAUCCUGCUGAAGGGAGAAGACUGGAUCCUGAACGAGGUGAAGAUCUCCGGGCUCCGAGGCAGAGGAGGCGCUGGCUUCCCCACUGGCAUGAAGUGGAGCUUCAUGAACAAGCCCAGCGAUGGCAGGCCAAAGUAUUUGGUAGUGAAUGCUGAUGAGGGGGAACCAGGGACCUGUAAAGACCGCGAGAUAAUGCGUCACGACCCCCAUAAGCUCAUAGAGGGCUGCCUGGUGGCAGGGAGGGCCAUGGGCGCCCGUGCAGCGUACAUCUACAUCAGAGGAGAGUUUUAUAACGAGUCGUCCAAUGUGCAGGUGGCGAUCAACGAGGCGUACCAGGCAGGGCUGCUGGGGAGGAACGCGUGCGGUUCGGGGUACGACUUUGACGUGUUCGUGAUGCGGGGGGCAGGGGCCUACAUCUGCGGGGAGGAGACGGCCCUGAUAGAGUCCCUGGAAGGCAAGCAAGGGAAGCCUCGCCUGAAACCGCCGUUUCCUGCUGACAUAGGCGCGUUUGGAUGCCCAACAACGGUUGCCAACGUGGAAACGGUUGCUGUGGCGCCCGCCAUCUGUCGUCGAGGUGGGGCGUGGUUCGCCGGCUUCGGGAGGGAGAGGAACUCCGGGACCAAGCUCUUCAACAUAUCUGGUCACGUGAACACGCCGUGCACAGUGGAGGAGGAGAUGUCCGUCCCGCUGAGGGACCUCAUAGAGAGACACGCUGGAGGAGUUAGAGGUGGCUGGGAUAACCUGUUGGGGGUGAUCCCGGGGGGCUCGUCCACACCCGUCAUCCCUCGUCAUGUGUGUGACGAUGUUUUGAUGGAUUUCGACGACCUCGUGCGAGCGGAGACUGCUCUGGGCACUGCAGCCAUCAUCGUCAUGGAUAAAUCGACUGACGUCAUCAGAGCCGUCGCCCGUUUGGUGGAGUUCUACAAGCAUGAAAGCUGUGGCCAGUGCACCCCCUGCAGGGAAGGAGUGGACUGGAUGGACAAGAUUAUGUGGAGAUUUGUGCGUGGCGAGGCUGCGGUCUCGGAGAUUGACAUGAUCUGGGAGCUGAGCAAGCAGAUAGAGGGACAUACCAUCUGUGCCCUGGGGGACGGGGCUGCCUGGCCCGUACAGGGUCUGAUCCGUCACUUCCGUCCCAUCAUGGAGAGCCGGAUCAGCGAAUACAACAAGAAGAAUCCUCCAAGAGAGCCGGCGAUUGAGAUGGUCUGAAACCAAACAGGAGC